CUUUCGCCGUACGUUCAAAAACACGCCGGUCGGUCUUCAGGACGUCAGAGCCCGUUUGCAGCCGCUGCCGUAACGGGGUCGUGCGGGGCGUGUGUGGAUUGACUUCAUGCCACCUUUAAAACCCCUUUUGUGGUUUUAAACUUAAAGAAAACACCCGGACUUUUUUUUUUUUUUGCCUUCUCGCCUUUGAGUCUUUCUGGAGAAAUAUAUGUUUAUUUUUUUGGCGCCGGUGGAGCGCGAAAUCUUGCAGGUUGCGGACGAUGCUCAAUAUUUUGGUAUAAAACACUUCGAGCGUUCUCAACGGUGAAACUUUACCUCAGAAAAACAGUGGAUAACUAUCGUUUUUACCUGAGGUAAUUUUUGUGUGAUUUUUACCUCAGAAAGUGAUGGCGGAGCGGGGGGCACGGCUGCUCGUUUUUUUCGCGAGUCUCAUGGUUCUCCGGUUCGGCGGUGCGGAUAAAGGUUCUAAUAUUCGGGGUUUCACUCCGUUCAGGUUCUCUGUGGAACCCGUCGACACGUUGGCUGUACGUGGUCUCCCCGCCGUUCUGAACUGCUCGGCCAUUAGCGACACUCCGGUAAGGGUAGAAUGGAAGAAGGAUGGAACAUUCCUGAAUCUGGCAGCGGACGAUAGGAGAAGACAGCUCGCUGAUGGGUCUCUACUCAUCAGCACGGUGAUCCACACCAAACACAAUAAGCCUGAUGAGGGGGUCUAUCAGUGUGUGGCAACCAUCGACAAUUUGGGUACAAUCAGCAGCCGAACCGCACGACUCACUGUGGCAGGGCUUCCGCGGUUCCUCAGCCAACCGGAGGGCGUGUCCGUGCGUAUGGGUGGCACUGAGAUGCUGAACUGCGAGGUGACGGAGGAACUCGCCCCAUUCACCCGCUGGGAGAGGGGCGAUCAGACCGUUGAGUUGGACAGCAGGGUGUUACAGCUGCCCAGCGGAGCCCUCGUGAUCAGUAACGCCACCCAGACCGAUGCCGGACUCUACCGCUGCACUAUUGACGGUCUAGGACCGGCCAAAACCAGCGAGGAGGCGGAGUUACAAGUGUCGGCAGAUUCGGGUGUCGAGGAGAAGCUGGAGACCCUCCAGAGCCCGGUUGCAGUGGCAAAGGUUGUUGGGGAGCGCGUGCUGUUGCCAUGCGUCAUGAAAGGUUAUCCCGUACCAUUUAUUCGCUGGAUGUUUAAUGGCCGGCCAAUUGAUGAGGGCAAUGACCGUUUCACUGUGAUUGGUGGAGGCAGUCUGCAGAUCGUGAAUCUGACAGAAGAGGAUGCUGGGAUAUACGGUUGCCAGGCGGACAGCGGCAACAUGACCAGCGAGAUACAAGCAGAACUCGCAGUGAGAGUUCCUCCUCAGUUCGUGACGAGACCCUCCAACACUUACGCCCAGGAGUCCAUGGACAUCAUCUUUGAGUGUGAUGUCACAGGGUCACCGCUGCCCACUGUCAAAUGGAUGAAGGAUGGAGACACGGUCAUCCCGAGCGACUAUUUCAGAAUAGUGAAGCAGCACAAUCUUCAAGUUUUGGGUUUAGUCAAAUCAGAUGAGGGAUUUUAUCAGUGUUUAGCGGAGAACGACGCCGGGAACGUCCAGGCGAGCGCUCAGCUGAUCAUACUGGAUUUAGCGUCCAGCCCUGGCGAGCGUUCUGGUCCCACCCCCUCUGCACCGCGUGAUGCCGUGGCAUCUUUGGUGUCCACCCGCUUCAUCAAGCUUACAUGGCGACUUCCUGCUGAGCCACACGGGGACAACAUCACCUACUCAGUGUACUACAGUUUGGACGGCACUAACAGGGAGCGUGUUGAGAACACCAGCGGACCAGGAGAGAUGCACGUCACCAUCCAGAACCUCGUUCCUGACACCAAGUACACAUUUCGGGUGGUCGCGUCUAAUGCCAACGGCCAGGGCGAGAGUUCCGCACCACUUACAGUGGCCACCCAGCCGGAGGUUCAGGUACCCGGGCCGGCCCCUAAUCUGCAGGUGGUAUCUGUUGGCACCACCUCAGUCACCUUGAGUUGGGAGAGACCAAUCACUGGAAACGGGGAGAUCCAGACCUACAAACUCUUCUUCAUUGAGAAGGGUCGAGACUCUGAGCUGGACAUGGAUGUUACAGGUUUGUCCUACACGAUGACAGGGCUCAAGAAGUUUACAGAAUACAGUUUUAGAGUGGUGGCGUACAACAAACAUGGUCCUGGCGUGUCUACUGAGGACGUUACAGUCCGAACGCUGUCUGACGUCCCGAGCGCUCCUCCACAGAACCUGACCCUAGAGGUACUCAAUUCAACGAGCAUCAUGAUCCGAUGGCAGCCGCCUCCCGUGGGCACGUUGAACGGAGAACUGACGGUAUAUAAAUUACGCUACCGGAAAGGACUCAGAAAAGCGGAUGCAAUUGAAGUGUCAACCCCACAGCUCUAUCAUCUUAUUGAUGGUCUGGAGAAGGGCCAGGUUUACACGUUUAGAGUGUCAGCCACCACCGUAAACGGAACCGGACCAACGACAGAGUGGAUCGCAGCGGAAACCUUUGAGAACGAUCUGGACGAAUCUCAGGUACCAGGAGUCCCGAGCUCGCUGCACGUUCGUCCACUGGUAAACAGAAUCGUGGUGAGCUGGACUCCUCCAGACAAUCAGGACAUUUUAGUCCGAGGUUAUAAAAUUGGAUACGGUAUCGGCAGCCCUCACGCCCACACGGUCACUCUGGAUUACAAGCAACGUUUCUACAGCAUUGAUAACCUUGAUGCCAGCUCUCAUUACGUCAUCACCCUCAAAGCAUUCAACAACAUGGGCGAAGGAAUUCCGAUCUACAACAGCGCCACCACCAGGCCUGAGUCCGACCCCAUAGACCCUGAUAUUGAUUUCUAUGAACUGUUCAAUAACCCAUACACCCCAGCACCCGACCCCACACCCAUGCUGCCCCCAGUGGGCGUUCAGGCGACCGUCCUCAGCUUCGACACCGUCAAAGUCAGCUGGGCUGACAACUCGCUCCCGAAGAACCAGAAGAUCACCGAUUCCAGAUAUUACACCAUACGAUGGAAGACCAACGUUCCCGCCAACACCAAGUUUAAGAUGGCAAACACCACGUCUCUGUUACAUACUGUGACGGGACUGAAACCCAGCACACUGUAUGAGUUCUCCGUUAUGGUGACAAAGAGCCGCAGGAGCAGUACGUGGAGUAUGACGGCCCACGGCACCACCUUUGAGUCCAUUCCCAGCUCCGCCCCUAAAGAUGUGACAGUCAUCAGUAAAGAGGGAAAUCCACGAAUCAUCAACAUUAACUGGCAGCCGCCCACUGAAGCCAACGGCAAAAUCACAGGUUACAUCAUCUACUACAGUACUGAUGUGAAUGCUGAGGUCCAUGAUUGGGUCGUGGAGCCCGUGGUGGGCAACAGACUGACCCAUCAGAUUCAGGGUCUGACCCUCGACACCACGUACUACUUUAAGAUCCAGGCGCGCAACUCUAAAGGCAUGGGACCCAUGUCUGACACGGUGCACUUCAGAACGCCUAAAGCUGAACCGUCUGAUAAGAUGUCGAGUGAUCAGGGGCUGCAAGUAAAACCCGGCCACCCCACCCUGCCGGAACGCGGGAUUGGAUCCAACAUCGAUAAGCCAGGCAUCACAGGCAGUCAGGAGAGUCAUAUUCUGGUGAUAGUGGUGAUCGUUUCAGUCGGAGUGUUUACGAUCAUCGCUGUGGUUGUCGGGGCCGUCCUCUGCACGCGCCGGUCCAACUCGCACCAGAAAAAGAAGCGUGCAGCAUGCAAGUCCAACAUCGGCUCUCACAAAUACAAGAGUUCUUCUAAAGACCUGAAACCUCCUGAUCUCUGGAUCCAUCACGAGUCUCUGGAGCUCAAACCCAUGGACAAAUCACCCGAACCGAACCCGGUUAUGACCGAGACGCCCAUCCCUCGAACCGCCCCGGACCCGACCGUUGAACCCUCCCAUCAGAGACGGGGUCAUGAGGUCGAGGAAAGUGUGUCCACAGUGGCUGGUCUGAGGGGAGUGAGACCGAAAAUGAUGAUGCCUUUCGAUUCUCAACCUCCCCAACCCGUGAUUAGCGCUCACCCCAUUCAUUCCCUCGAUCAUCUUCAUCAUCAUCAUCAUCACUAUCAUCUUCCUCCGCGGGGCUACCUUCACCAUCAGAUCAGCCUGAGAGCGCCCGCCAUACCGACGCCAUACUUAGACAGGGUGCCAUCUGCAGAGUCUGUGAGGAAUCAACCCCCUGCACCUGAACCUCUGGUUGCCCCCGGUCAGCCCACCUGCACAGUGGAGCUGCAGAAGACGGAAGCGGUCAUUAAUGAGGAAGACCCGCCGAGCAUAAACCCACCGACGGCCCACGUCAGGCCAACACACCCACUCAAGAGCUUUGCUGUGCCAGCGGUCACUGUCUCCGCCCACAACCCGCCCACCUAUAAAUCGGCAUUACCCAGCAACCCUCUGCUGGCACAGCAAGUGCCGGGUGUUAAGACAGCGUCCAUUGGAACACUAAAUCAAGCACGAGCUCCAAUGGCAGGAACAGUCCCCAUUGCACACGACCAAUCAGAAACCAGCAAGAUGUUGUCACAGUCAGACAUGACGUAUGAAACAGAUGAACUAUCAGAGGAAAUGGCUCACCUAGAGGGUUUGAUGAAGGAUCUGAACGCCAUCACCACCGCCUGAAGCACACAACAGCUCAGUCCAAUCACACACACUGAAAUUUCCCGGCUUAA